AUGUACUCUACUCCAGACAAGAUUUUCAGAUACUUCGCAACGCUUAAGGUAAUCGACAAAAGCGAUGAAUCUGGCAGAACCUUCGAAGUAUUCAUGACACCCGAAGACUUUCUCAGAUCGUUCACUCCUGGUGUUAUGCAGCCGAGGAAAUAUGGUCUGGACAGUUACAAAAUUUACCAACCAGAGAGGUAUAAACACAAAUUCUCCGAUAAGACAAGUAUCUUCUACAAGUUGGGUGAAAACGGUUUGAUCAGCUUCAGUGACUAUUUAUUCCUCAUGACCCUGCUUUCGACAUCACCAAACGAUUUUGCUCUUGCUUUCAAAAUCUUCGAUAUAAACGGUGACGGUGCCCUUGACAAAGAAGAGUUCCUUAAAGUUCAGCAUCUUAUUAUGUCGCAAACCACAGUUGGACAACGGCACCGUGAUCAUAUUACACCAAACUCUUCCUUCAGAGUGGAAUCGAAUUCAGCUCUCGAACAUUAUUUUUUCGGACCAGACGGAAAGAACACACUUUCAGCAUCGAAGUUCCUCGAAUUUCAGGAGCAACUGUACAGCGAUAUAUUGCGAAUGGAGUUUGAUAGAAGAGACGCACUGGACGGUGUUGAUGGUCUUAUUAGUGAAAUAAGUUUUGGAGAGCUGCUACUCAUGCACGCACAAAUUCCCGAAAAGCGACAGAAAUUGAUGCUGAAACGACUGAAAAGGAAGUACAAGAAUUCGCAAGGAGUAUCAUUCGAAGAAACCCGCGCCUUCUUUCAAUUUCUCUACCACAUUGAGUCUGUUGAUAUGGCUUUGCAUUUUCACCGUAUGGCCGGCCUUCCCGUUGAUGCAAAAUUGCUGAAAAGAGUCGCUCAUAAGAUUACUGGUGUAGAGCUAAGCGAUCACGUGAUCGAUGUUGUUAUCACACUAUUCGAUGACAACAUGGAUGGGAAGUUGUCGAACAAUGAAAUGAUUGCGGUUAUGCGACGACGAAUGCGUCGAGGACUGGAGAGGCCGCGAGACACGGGACUCUUCCGAUUGUUUGAUGCGCUGGCGGUUUGCGGCAUGCGCGCUUACCGUGCCAGUCCUCUUUACUUUCAGUGA